AUGGCUCUCAAUAUACCAGGUCUGAUAAUGAUGGUAGUGUUUUUCAUGCUUGUGUUGGGAAUCGGCAUCUGGGCGUCUGUAAAAUCUAAGAAGAUGGAGAAAAACACACAAGGUGGACAGGUGGAGGUUUCAUUUUUGGCAAACCGGAGCAUCAACUUGAAAGUGGGAGUCUUCACAAUGACGGCCACAUGGGUCGGAGGUGCCUUCAUCAUUGGAGUUGCAGAGACGGUUUAUGACCCCACAAAAGGACUAAUCUGGGCUCUUUUUCCUCUGCAAAUGUCAGUUUCCUUCAUUAUCGGUGGACUGUUCUUUGCGAAGCCAAUGCGGGAAAAAAAAUUCCUGACUAUGAUGGAUCCAUUCCAGAGAAAGUACGGAAAAACCCUGACUGCUCUUCUUGCCAUUGUUCCAUUUAUCAGUGAAAUGAUGUGGGUGCCAGUCACACUGACUUCUCUGGGGGUCACUGUUAGCAUCUUCUCCGAUCUGCCUUUAAGUCUUUGCAUCUGGAUCUCUGCUGCAGUAGCGAUCAUCUACACUGUUCUGGGAGGUCUCUAUUCAGUCGCUUACACUGAUGUCGUCCAGCUGUCACUGGUGUUUUGUAGCUUGUGGCUGUGUGCCCCCUUUGUUCUGGCAAGUGAUGUUUAUAGUGACAUCACUCAAACAGCAUCCAACCACACACAUCAGGCCUCCUGGCUCGGUCGCCUUGAGUCUGAUGAAGUGUGGAAAUGGGUGGAUAACUUCCUAGCCAUGAGUGUUGGAAAUCUGGCAUUCCAAGAUUUCCACCAGAGGACCCUCUCCUCCAGCUCCACAUCCACAGCCAGAAUGAUCUGUUUCAUCGCAGCAGGACUCGUACUCAUUCUUGGAAUUCCACCCGUGCUGAUUGGUGCCAUUGCAGCCUCAACAGAUUGGAAUCUGACCUCAUACGGGGCGCCUUCCCCCUAUGAGCGAGGAGAGGCAGCCAUGGUUUUGCCCAUCAUCCUUCUUCAUCUCACCCCAACUGCCAUUUUCGUUGUUGGCAUGGGAGCGAUCGCUGGUGCUGCAAUGUCUUCUACAGACUCGUGCCUGUUGGCAGCAACCUCCAUCUUCACCACCAACAUCUACAAGAUCAUGAGGCAUCAGGCAUCAGAUAGGGAGCUGCAGUGGGUGAUCCGGCUCUCCAUAGUGGCUGUAGGGAUUGUAGGAACAUCACUCACCUACCUGGACAGCAGCAUCAUGGCGUUCUGGAUCCUGAGCUCAGACUUGACCUACACCGUAAUGCUCCCCCAGCUGAUCUGCGUCCUCUUCGUCAGGGUUUCCAAUGGAUACGGGGCUGUUACGGGCUACAUUGUUGCUUUUGUGAUGAGAGUUUUGUGUGGAGAGCCUGUGUUCAAUCUUCCCGUCAUUCUGCAGUUCCCAGGCUGCACUUUAGAAGAUGGGGUUUACGUUCAGAGCUGGCCUUUCAAGACCAUUUGCAUGCUGUCUGCUCUGGUCUCCAUUCCCAUGGUCUCAUAUGUGGCCUCACUCCUGUUCAACAAGGGGAUCCUUGCUGAGAGGCUGGACGUGUUCAAGGUGAAAUCACAGGAAGCACCAGCAGAUGGUGAUAGUGAUAAGGCUGAAAAUGAACUAAUGCUUGAGACAAGUUGCUAAUUUUGCAUGAUAGUAAGAUGGAGGACCUCUCAUUAAAUAUAUUUUUUAUUAACCUGUUAUAUUUAAUGGUUUCUAUCUUUGUUGCCCGUGUGCUUAAGUUACAUUGUAAAGGCAUUUCCAGCAAUCAUUUCAGCUACAAACAAGCCUUAUCUCGUCUGUUGCACGCCACAUUUUAAAUUUUCCCAACUUUAAUGAAAACGAGACCGUGUCAAGUCUUGGCAUUAAAAUUGAUAACAACCUCAAAAUGGAUCAGCAGAUAAACUCUGUUGUCAAAUCCAUUUUUUUUUUCAGUUAAGGAUUUUAUCAAAGUUUAAGUAUUUCCUUUCUUUUAAUUAUUUUAAGAGGGUUAUCCAUGCAUUUGUAUCCACUAGAUUGGAUUACUGUAAUGCCCUCCUUGUUGGUGUCUCUCAGUCUUCCAUAUCACAACUCCAAUUAGUCCAAAAUGUGGAGAACACAUUUCCUCUGGAAUGAGGUCCCCCUACAGAUCAGACUGGCCCCUACACUGGCUGUUUUUUAAUCUCUUUUAAAACCCAUCUUUCAUUCUCCCUGGCCUUCAAAGUCUCUGACUGUUAGAGGUUUGCUUUUGUGGUCCAAAUUCUUGUCUUUAAAUCUGUUAACUGUCUGUAUUCUGUAUUUUGUAAUUCACUGCGUAUUGUGCAGCACUUUGGUCAAUGCUGUUGUUUUUAAAUGCGCUUUAUAAAUAAAUUUGUAUUGUAUUGUAUUGUAUAUGUUGGCACCAUGCGAGUUUGACUGCAACAUCACAAUUUAUGCUUAUUCAUGUCAUUUUGUCCUCAACCGCGGCCAAAAUAACCACGAUUGCUGCUUGCGACCUGUUUUAGAAGUCCUAGAUACACUGUAAAACCAAACACCAUCAUAUCUGGAUAAAUAAUCUCCUCCAGGGGUGCACACAGCUCUGUAAAGUUGUUUGUCUGCGAUUUAAGUCAAAUAAACAGAUCUAAACUAUGCAGAAAUAA